AUGAACAUCUCUGAUCCGGGAAGAGCACCUCCAACUCUGCCUGCAUGCGCCGGGGAGCUGGCGCGCCCGCUGACCUCUCUCUUCAACCACUGUCUACAGAGCAGGAAAUGGCCCAAAGCCUGGAAAAUCAGCAAGGUUGUUCCGAUUCAUGAGAAAAAUUCUAAAAGUGAGGUGAAAAACUACCGCUCUGUGUCUCUGCUGCCCGUGCUCAGUAAGGUGUUGGAAAGCAUCAUGGCUAUGAGAAUGAUGGAGCACCUUGAGCGCCAUCACUUGCUGUGCACCAGACAGUGUCGAGGGGCCUCUACUCCAGCUCUUCACCGACUAUCUGAGGGAGAGACAUCUGAAAGUUGUGCUCAACGGCAGAGUCGGAAGUACACCCAAAUAAAGCAGGUGUUCCCAAGAGAAGCUGCUUAG